CGACUUUUUCCCGCAAUUACGUCAUAGUUGCUGAGCGCAGACAUAAUUGGUCACGUGACGCACCCGCCAUUACAACCGUGAAACCGUGAAGAUGUAUCAAGGCGGAGGUGGUGAAUCGUGUGCGGUUUUUCGCUGCACUAACAACAGAAAAAAGUUAUACAUAUGGAAGCAAUCUAUUUGUCAAGAGCACGAAAGUAUUUUUCACAAAGAUUGCCCUUGUGUCGUCCCGUUCAGCCUACAUAAAAUACCUAAAGAGGAGAACGAGAGACUGAAAUGGCAGCGGGCAUUACAUCGGAAUGAUCUGCCGAAGAAUGUAUUCGUGUGUUCCACCCAUUUCAUUGACGGACGACCAACAGCAAGAAAUCCAACACCUACUUUAAAUUUAGGGUAUGAAGCUCCCAUCAAAGUUGGGCGUCGACUUUUAAAGAGAAAGUCUGUCACUGAAGAGAAAUUACAGACAAAGGGGACACACGGGUUUGAACCCACACUAAAACAACAAAAGCUGGUUUCUGAAGAUGAAGUUGAAACUGUCAACACUAAUCAGUUCACCAUUAAACCAAAGACAACAUCAUUUUUCACUCAAACGGACAUGACCGAAAGCAUAUCAACAGGCACCCAGUGGAUAGAUCCCACACUGCAUGAGCAUGAAUAUGCAAGGCCCUGUGUUUCAGGAUCUAGAGAUGCAGGAACACAGACGAGACCCAGUGAGACUGAAGACAAAGGAGUAAACUGCAGCACUCUUCAUAUUCGCUUAACCUCUGCUGACAUAACAUCCGACUCCUUAUCCUUGCUGUACACAGGACUGCCUUUGAAAACUUUUAGAUCUGUUUUGAGUGUUAUGCAAAAUAUGGAUGACCCACUUAAAUUUACCAUGCCUGUUUCAGAUCAAGUUUUUUUGGUUCUUAUGAAAUUAAGGCUAAAUCUACUGUUUGGGGAUAUUGCCAACAGAUUUGGGAUAUCAGAGUCUCAUGCAUGCACCAUUUUCAAUCAAAGACUCUCUUUUAUGGCUUUAAAACUGAAAAACUUAAUAGUUUGGCUUCCCCGUGAAACAAUCCGAGCAACUUUGCCGAAGUCUUUUCGUGAAAACUAUCCAAAGACUACAGUCAUCAUUGAUUGUGCCGAGACUUUCAUUCAACGAGCUAAAAACUUGAAAACAAGAGGUGAAACCUACAGUCAUUACAAGUCCCACAAUACAGGAAAGUAUUUGGUUGGUAUUGCACCACAUGGACAAAUUAUGUUUAUCUCAAAGGGUUUUGGAGGACGUUCUAGUGAUAAAGCUAUUGUAGAAGAAUCUGGCAUUUUAAACUAUCUUCUUCCUCGAGAUGAAAUUAUGGCCGAUCGAGGCUUUACCAUUGGUGACCUUCUAUUCCCUCUCAAAGUGAAACUUAACAUUCCAGCUUUUACCAAAGGUAAAGACCAACUUUCAGAAGAGGAUGUAACAGAAACGCGAAGAAUUGCCACCGUACGGAUUCACGUGGAAAGGGCUAUACGACGUUUAAAGGUGUUCCGCAUACUAAGUCAGGUAGUUCCAGUUACCUCUGCAAAGAAACUCAGUGACUACUUGAUUGUUUGUGCUGCAUUGGUAAAUCUGCGAUCUGAUCUUAUUAAAGAUGAUGAUGAUGAGUGACAGAUGAUAUUUGAAAGUUUCAGUGAUGUAACAGUAAAUGAUGCAUGAUAAUAUUUGAAGGUUUCACUGAUGUAAAUGACACAAAGUUGAAACAUGAAUGAUAAAUUUGUAUUAGGUUUUAUAUACCAGUCUAAUUAAGGUCCAGUUCACGAUUCCUUGAGUAUAUCUUCUCAUAGUAUGACAAAUGCUAAAUAAUGUAUUUUAGGCAAAGCCAAUGCCAGAUCUUGAAUUGAGACUAUUGUAAUAAGUCUUUAUUAAUAUGAUGUGAAUUAAAUUCUUCAUCAAAAAUAUUUUUUUAAACAUGUAAUUGGGUUUAAUUGAAGAUAAGAGGAUGUUGUGUGAUAAUGAACUUAUUUUGAAUACUCUUCAUGUUCAGGAAUAAAUAAUUAACACAUAUUGAAAAAUAGUUGACUGUAUAAUUUCAGCAUUAAGUCUGACAUCAAAAACUUCAUUCAACUACAUGUACAUGUGUAUACACAUGUGUGCAUCAGUUAGAAAAUUUAACAUAUUUUUUACUAAUUUUAAAUCUGCCACAUUCAAAGUCAUCAACUACUCUUGGUAAAAGUUUGUUGAAGUAAAAACAACAUAGUCUUGAAAUAGCUGCUUCACAAAACUGUUGGUCAUAUUGUACAUCAAUGACCUUGUAUUCAUUAGUUGUCCAUAUAACAAGUUUGCACAGCUGCAUCUGUGUUACAUGCAAAGUUAACUGCAUUUGAAGGUAAUAGCCCCUUGAACUGUUAUGCUUAACAUAUAAUGUACCAUUUUGCAAGGAUUUCACAACCAAU